AUGUUCAAAAAAAAUAAUAAUAGAAAGUUUAAUGAAGACGAUAUUUUCAAUAGCGAAGAUGAAAAGGAUAGAGUCCAUAAUUUAAAAUACAGCGUUAACCCCAAAAAAAGAUUGCUUUCCAGUCAGGAUCUUUUAAAUGGUUUAGAUUCAAAUGUCAGAGAUAGUUCAAAGAGACAAUUUGGCACAUUUACAAAUAGUCAUUAUAGUAGCUCAAAUAGUUAUAUAAAUUAUAGCGAAAAUAGACCAAAAUAUUCAUUAGAAUUUGAAGACGAGUUUAAAACAAGUAAAAACAAUAAUUAUAAUAGUAGUUUUAAUAACAGUUUUAAUAAUAAUGGUUUCAAUAAUAAUAAUAGUAAUAAUAAUAAUAAUAUAAAUAAUAAAAAUAAUUUUUUUGGUAGAAAUGAUGAUAUAGAUUUUAAUUAUCAGUCAAGUAGAACUUUAACAUUUCACACAGAACCAAUUAAAAAAGCUACAACUACAAAACCUCAACAUCCUGGAUUUCAAAAAGCAACAACUAAACUUUCAACACAAAAUAAUAGUAAUAACUAUAAUAAUAAUAAUAAUAAUAAAUCAUUUGACCCAUUUGACCCAUUUGAUGAAGAUAAUAACAAAUCAAAAUCAAAAAAUAUCAUAGUAGAAGAAGAUUUAGAUUUUGAAUUAGAUGAUUCAGAUUUUAAUUUUGAAACUAAAAAUACUGUAAAUAACACUGUAAGUAAUAACUUAAACAAUAAUUCAAACAUAACAAUAAUAAACAAUAAUUUAAAUAGUAGUUCACAACCCAAAAGUCAAAUUAAUGGUAGAAAGAAAAAUGAAGAAAUGAAUAAACUAUUUGAUGAAUUAAUAGAAUCAUAUAAAACCACGGGACCAACUCAAAAAACCAGCGAUAUUAAUGCAUCAUCAUUUAUAAACAAUAAUAAUAAUAAUAACAAUAAAUUAAAUAAUAACGAUAUCCAAAUUACAAAUGAAGAAAUUAAUGAAAAGAUCAAAAGUGAAACAUUUAAAAGAAUCGCAACAGGUUUAAAAAAUUCAAUAAGUCAUUUAUAUUGUUCAGAGCACCAAGAAUCAAAGCUAUUCGAUGUUCCUAAUGAUUUACCACAGGUAUUAUCAGAUGUUUUAAAGGGAAUGGGGUACAGUAAAUUAUAUAGUCAUCAACUAGAGUGCAGAGAAAAGGUUAAUAUGGGUGAUGAUAUUAUCAUUACAACACCAACAUCGAGUGGGAAAACAUUGUGUCUAUUUCUACCAAUUUUCGAAACCAUAAUAAAGAGCAAAUUAAAUAAUAGUAUUAUAAAUAACAACUAUAAACCAACUGCAAUGUUUUUAUUCCCAUUAAAUGCCUUAGCUAAUGAUCAAAUGAACUCAAUUAACAAAUUAAAUCAAUCACUACCAGAACCACUCAGAUUAAAUAUUAAUAGCUUUUCAAAAGAUACACCAAAAGACUACCUUUCAAAACUCUUUCAAAUUGGCAAUAGAGAAAGACCUGAUAUUAUAUUAACAAGUCCAGAUUGGUUGCAUUAUCAAUUAUAUAGAGGCGGUACAAAUAGAUUCCAUGAAGAAGGUUGGAAGCGUUGGUUUAUCAAUUUAAGAUUUAUAGUUUUGGAUGAAAUUCAUACAUAUUCUGGUGCAAUGGGUUGUCAUUUUAUAAACUUAAUUAGACGUAUACAGAACUAUCAUCUAAAUUUAAAUCUAAAAUUCAAUUAUAAUCAAAGAUUACAAUUCUUAAUGGCAUCGGCAACCGUCGGUAAUCCUAUUCAAAUUGCAAAAAAAACAAUUAGUAGGGAAGGUGAUGAAGAUAUCAAUAGACUACACUUAAUAAACAAGAAUGGAUCGGGCUCAUUUGAAAAAGUUUUCAUAACAUUAAAACCAACUAAAAAUCCUCUGACUCUUCCAAUCGAUAUUAUUAACAAUUGGUUACAAAAUAAUAUAAAAGGUAUUGUUUUUUUUAAUACAAUCAAAUCGCUAAAUACUCUUUACGAAUCCUUUACAACCGAUGUUAGAUACAGUCAAAAGUCAAAGUUAGUUAGACCCUAUUACAGUUCCUUACCAAAUAUCCACAAAAAAGAAACAUUAGAGAAAUUAAAAAACGGCCAAGUAAAUAUUAUUCUAUCAACAAACGCAUUGGAAGCAGGUGUAAAUAUUUCAGAGUUAGAUGCAUGUUUAAUUAUAGGGUAUCCAGGUUCGAAGAUGAGUUGGAAACAAAGAAUUGGUCGUGUCGGUAGAUCAAAGAUGGGUUUAGUAAUGUAUAUUCCAGAUAACUAUAGUCCAUUAGAUAAGUUCUUUUCGGUCAAUCCCAUGUCGCUUUAUGAAGGAGAGCCUGAAAAUUUAUCAUUUAAUGGUGAUUUCCCAAAUAUUUUAAGAUCUCAUAUAUUAUGUGCAAGUUCAGAAAUUGGCAUUGAAGCAAACUAUAACCAACUAAUCAAAUUAUUUAGUAGUAAUGCAGGUCCAAUCAUUAAAGAACUAUUAGAAACCAAAUCAAUCAAAGAGGAAAACUAUUUAAAUAAAACCAAAGUGUGGAAAUCAAAUGAAUAUCACCAUCUUUCAGUUUCAUUGCGUGGCGGAUCAGGUGCAAAUGAUGUAGUUAAUGUAAAAUUAAAUUCUAACGGUAAAAUUAUCGAAAAAUUAACUAAAGCCCAAGCAAUUACUCGUUUAUUCCCUGGUUCAAUUUUUAUGACACAUAAUUUAGAAGGUUCUCCAAUCACAUAUCACGAAGUUAUGGAGUUAAAUUUAAUUGAUACCAAUAGUACGAGUGAAUCAUAUGCCAUUGUUAAACCUAUCCAGUUUCCAAAAAGUGUUCGUAUUGUUACAAAUGCAAAUAAAACAACAUCAGUAGAAAUGAAGCAAAUUUUAAAACAAACAACUUUUAGUUUGCCAAAAUAUAAUAAUGUUCAACUCUUAGUAUCUUUUGGUGUUGGUAUCUAUAGAACCUCAGUUGGCUCAUUUGAAAAGAAGACCUAUAACAAUAUCAGCAACAUGAACGAUGAUAAAUAUUCAAAAGCCGAAAUCGAACAAAUUACUUUAAAAAAUAGUUUAGAAUUUAAUUUUGAAGCACCAUGUAUAGAAUUUUCAUAUACAAACCUAACAAGGGAUAUAUUAAAACCAACAUUUAAUAAAGCAAUAGAAGAUUUAAAAAAUAAACUUCAAAGUUCAUUAAUUAUUGACAGAAAAGAAUAUGAAUCCAAAAUUUUAGAUUUAAUGGAAAUGGGUGACUCUAGAGUAUCAUUACAUACAAUUAUUCACCAAAUUCUUUCAGCUAUCCCAUUAGUGCUAUCACCUAAAAACGAUAUAGAAGAGUCAUUAAAUCUUCCAAGUACAAAUCUUAAUAGUUCACAUUUAAAUAUCAAUGAUCUUUCCUCCAUGAUGAGCCAGAAUUCAAUGUUCCUAGUCGAUUCAGUUGAAGGUGGUACUGGUAGUUGUGAAGAAGUUUUCGAUAAUAUGGCAUCAAUUAUAAAGAAAUCAUUUGGAAUCCCAUCAUGUCAAAACUGUUAUGAAAAUGCUGAAAAAGGUAUCCACUUGGCUGAAUUGGGUUGUAUCUGUUGUAUCCACCAAAAUCACUGUAAAAAUAAAGGUUUAUUAAAAUGUUUAGGUUUAAAUAAUCUAAAUUCCUAA